CAAUACUUUAAAAAAAAAAAAGAAUCGUGAAUCAUCGUUUUCACUGUGGAUUCGAUUUCGAGAUUUCCACCACGAGGCUUUGUCGUCGUUGAUGGCAUAAACAAACAAGAAAGCAGUUAUGUGUCUGUCUCUCUGAGAGUUGUCUGAAUUUGAGAAAAAAAGUCUGAGACUUUGUUUUAGAGAGAAAUCAAUGGAUCUUGUGAUUGGUGGGAAAUUCAAACUUGGCAGAAAAAUUGGCAGUGGAUCAUUUGGAGAGCUCUAUCUUGGUGUAAAUGUCCAAACCGGAGAAGAAGUUGCUGUUAAGCUGGAAUCUGUCAAGACCAAGCAUCCUCAGCUACACUAUGAGUCCAAAUUGUAUACGUUGCUUCAAGGAGGAAGUGGUAUUCCUAACAUCAAGUGGUAUGGAGUUGAUGGAGAAUACAAUGUUAUGGUUAUUGACCUUCUAGGUCCAAGUCUUGAAGACUUGUUCAACUACUGCAACCGAAAACUCUCUUUGAAAACCGUUCUCAUGCUUGCUGAUCAACUUAUUAACAGAGUUGAGUAUAUGCACACUAGAGGUUUCCUUCACCGUGAUAUUAAGCCUGACAACUUCUUAAUGGGCCUCGGCCGCAAAGCAAACCAGGUUUAUAUAAUUGAUUUUGGAUUGGGGAAGAAAUACAGAGACCUUCAGACUCACAGGCACAUUCCUUACAGAGAAAACAAAAACCUCACUGGAACAGCUCGGUAUGCAAGUGUCAACACACACCUUGGAGUAGAACAAAGUCGAAGGGACGAUUUGGAAGCAGUUGGUUAUGUGCUUAUGUACUUCCUCAAAGGAAGCUUACCAUGGCAGGGAUUAAAAGCUGGGACAAGGAAGCAGAAGUAUGACAGAAUAAGUGAGAAGAAAGUCUCAACUCCUAUAGAGGUCUUAUGUAGAAACCAACCGUCUGAGUUUGUUUCUUACUUCCGCUACUGCCGGUCUCUACGGUUUGAUGACAAACCUGAUUACUCUUACCUCAAGAGGCUAUUCCGAGACUUGUUUAUUAGAGAAGGUUAUCAGUUUGAUUAUGUAUUUGACUGGACCGUCUUGAAGCAUCCGCAAACUGGUUCCAGCUCCAGUUCUAGUUCAAGAACACGGGAUCAUACAACUGGAAAACCGGAGUUAACUGCUGGAAAACCGGAGAGGACUGCUGGCAAUAGGUUAUCAGGUGCGGUUGAAGCUUUUUCAAGAAGGCAUGCAACACCACGUGAUCGGUCUGCAUCAAGAAACUCUGAUGAUGUCCCUGUUGGUGGUGGUGAGUCAGAAAGAAGAGGCAGUUCGUCAAGAAACGGAAGCUCUUCAAGGAGAGCAAUCGCCUCGAGCUCACGUCCAAGUUCAGCUGGGGGUCCUAGUGAUAGCAGAUCCUCUAGCCGUUUGGUGACUUCAAGCGGCGGUGGUGGAAUGGGAUCAACGAGCCAGAGAAUGGGACCAGGAGGAUAUGAGUCAAAGAAGAGUUCGACUCUUUCCCGUGGUGCUAGAAACACUCGGGGAGAUCCGUUAAGGAGGAGCUUCGAGCUUCUUUCUCUUCGUAAAUCAUGAGAAACAUACAAAGAAAGAGAUUUUAUACAAACGAAAAUCUAUAUAUAUAUAUAUAAGAUAUACAAUACAAACGAUUCAUAUACUUUAAAACAGUUGUUGUUGGGUUAUGUAUGAUGUAAAACACUUUUGGCACAGAGCUUAGGGGGUUAUGUAUAGAAUGAAAAAAAUUAUGAAUUAAA